CUUUUGACAGAUAAGAUGGGUUCAUCACUAGAUGAAGAAAGCUCACUUGCAGCCAGCGAGGUUGACAUUGUGUCAGCUGUAAAUUCUCUUCAGGUGUCAGACACACCGAGACCAGACGGCAUCCCCGUUUCCUUCUAUAAAGACAACAUUCAGGAUUUAAUUCCACACUUAAAGAUGCUUUAUGAAAGAAUCCACAGAGGUGCGUUUAACUGCUCUGAGAAGCACUUUAAUGAAACUGUGAAAAGUCCACAUGACAAUAGUCAACAAUUCUUUAACGUUGACUACCUCAUCAUUGCAACUAUUCUAGCAAGAAGUUUAGAAGAUGUCAUGGCGUCUCUUCCAAAGGGGAGAAUACUGAAAGAUUCAGCAACUCUUAUGAUCAUUCCCAAAACACAUUAUGCUUUAAUAAGUUUAAGUCAUGUUAAGGAUGAACUGAAACAACAAAAACAGUCCAACCCAACUCUGAGCCAAGAUCUUGUCAUUAUAGAAAACCUUCUCAGUGACGCAAACCAAGAUUUUUCAGUUGAGAAAUACAAAGUGCUGCAUCAGGCCUGCCCUUUGACCACAGAACUCAUUACACUGGCUCUAAAAAGCUAUGGCUCACAGAUAUUUGGACAUUUAGAAAACGUUGGGGUUUUUAUUUUCAAACAAAGUGUGAUAGUUUGCUUUCAACCCGAGGAUCUAGAUAAAGUCAAAGCUACUAUGGAGGACAGUACUAAUGAAUUAUACGAAAUGGAGAUAUUAUCCAGAGGAAAUGAUGAACUUUUACAAUUAAACUGCUUAGGAAAUGAUUGUAAGGAUGAAGAUUUUGAUGAAUGGGACAUGGAGGAAUCUCUGAUUAAUAAAGAAAAUUGUCCUGAUGAAAGGGAUGAUGGUACUGAAAAUAAGUCUAAAAUAUAUCUUAAAGAUGAACCAAUGGAUCUUGAUGUAAGGUCAAUUUCUGCAACACCAGAAGAAGAGAUGAAGAGGAAUACACCUCCACUGCUUCCAGUACCAUCAAGCUCUACAACCUCUUAUGGUACUAAAAGAAAACGAGAUCUUGAAUCAUCUGACUGGAGUAUAGAGACACCACUGACAACAGAUAUGAUCAUGGAAAAAGCAAGACAAAUUCUGCAAAGAAUCAAUAAGUCAGAUCAAAUCGAUAAAGACAGACGGAAGAAGGCAAUCAUAGGGAUUUUUGGAAAAUCGGGACAAGGAAAAAGCUCUCUUUUAAGUGCAAUCUUGGGGAAAAAGGAUCUCUUACCGUCUGGUUGUUUUGGUGCCUGUACAGCUGUUGUUACUCAGGUGGAAGCCAAUAUGACCGACUCCAACUACACAGCAGAGAUCGAAUUCAUCUCUAAAACGGAGUGGGAAGAAGAGCUCAAAGAUAUGGUUGGAGAUCUAAAAGAUGAAAAUGAGGACAGGAAUGAGGACUUUAGUGAAACGGCUGUAGAAAAGAUAACUGCAUUGUAUGGAGCUGAUGCAGACCAGAAAACAUUAGAAGAGCUUCAGGUUGAUGAAAAAUUUGCUGAGAUUAAAAGCUUUUUGUCUCUCCGUAAGAAAAUAAUCUCAAACAGCGAUGUCUCUAAAUUCGCCAGCGAUGUUGGAAGUUUCAUACAACACAGUGCGUCAAAUCCUGGCGGCUGGUUCUGGCCGCUGGUGAAGAGCGUGACCAUCAAGAUACCAGACUGUCAUGAACUCCUGGAGCACAUUGUGCUUGUUGAUCUUCCUGGGACUGGAGACUGCAACAAGAUAAGAAAUGACCUGUGGAAAUCUAAACUGGCAGAGUGCUCUUUUGUGUGGAUUGUAAAUAAUAUCCAGCGAGCGAUCACUGAUAGAGAACCCUGGGGUAUGUUGAAGCACUGCAUUGAAGAACUGGGACCAGGAGGAAAAUGCAAAGGCAUUAACUUCAUCUGCACAAAGACUGAUGACAUGAAUCAACAAGAGUAUAUGAGAUCUAUACGGCUUCCAAAAGACCAAAUCCCAAAAGACAAGGAUCAGAAACGGCCAUGCAUACUUCAUAGAAAUGAACUUGACAAAACAAGGGUCAAAGAAAAGUUUGACAAUUCUGAAAUCAAGAAAAUAUUCAACACUGAAAAUCAGUUUCAAGUUUUUACUGUGAGUUCCAAAGCAUUCUUUGACCAUAAUUUAAAUCUGGAAUCAAGUGAAACAGAAAUCCCAAAGCUGCAGGAUGAUCUGAGGAAUCUUAACAAGAGCAUUAACAGAGAACUGGCCAGAGAUUAUGUCAAUAAAGCAAAGGGAGCAGUGCUCUUAGUCCAAAGUGGCCUGAUGAAAAUAGACAAGAAAAUGAUUGAAAUUAAAGUCAGCGAAUUUAAGAACAACCUAAAGGAGUCACUAGAUGAAUUGGAUGAAUAUUUUGACAGCAUUUAUAAUGAUCUGGAGCGGCAUCUCUCCGAGGGAGUUAAAGAAUCAAUAAAAUCAUGUGUUGCUUCCACAACAGAAUUAAUAACACCCAAUAAAACUAGAAGAGGGUUCCAUAAAGUCCUUGGAGCUUUGUGCAAGAACUACGGAUAUUACUGGUCAAAAAAUCGGGAGGAAUUUCGAGACCUGAACAAGACAUUGGCCAAAAAAAUCCAUAAAUGUAUUUAUAGCGAUUUCUGUCAGAUUUUCCCUGUGGCUGGGAAAACAGGGAAAUCAGUGCAGGAACAGAUUGAUCAGUUCAGUAUCAUCCAGAAUGAUUCUGCUUACCUCAGGUCUGACGUACUUCAUUACAUUCAGAACUUCAUCCAAACCGAGGAAAUCAAACUGAAGGCAGCACUCAACAUAUACAUUGUUGACUCGAAGAAGCAAAUCCACUCAUCAGUACAACUAACAAUUAUGGAAGAAAUGGCUACUUGCUAUAAGCGAGCUGCAGCUGUGAAAGGAACGGGAUCCUUAAAGAGAAUGCAAGACCUCUUAAUAACCACAGUUGAUGAGAAAAAACAAAUCAUGUUCAACAAAGCAAAAAUGGAAAUGCUAAAAAGUCUGACUGACUUAAAGCUGAUGGUGAAGGGGGCUCUUGAAAAACACUUACAGGAAGCAAUAGAACGCUCACAAUCCCAAACCAGCAAAAAGUCAAAGAUGGAUUUCUCCAGAGAGGUUGAGGAGCUUGAGACACUUCUACAGCAACUGUCUGACAAGAAGGAUAGGAGAUCCACGGGUUACAGGAGUUCAAGACAAGAACCUUCAAGACAUCCUGCAAUGGCUCAACAAGGUGCUAAAAGAAAGCGGCAUUCUGAAUCAUGUGACUCAGACACACCACUGACAAUAGAUGUAAGGAUCACAAUGAAGGCAAAGGAAAUCAUGAAAAGAGUCAGAGAUAACUCGACCGACACAAUCUGCAUGCACAAAGACAUCAUUUCAAAGAUAAGUAAAAUGAAUAGUGUUAACAGAAAGAAGAAAACCAUAGGGAUUUUUGGGAAAUCAGGAGAAGGAAAGAGCUUCCUAUUAAGUGCAAUUUUAGGAAAAGAGAAUCUACUGCCGUCUGGUUGUUUUGGUGCCUGUACAGCUGUUAUUACUCAGGUGGAAGCCAAUAUGACCGACUCCAACUACACAGCAGAGAUUGAACUAAUCUCUAAAGAGGAGUGGGAGAAAGAGCUCAGUCAUCUUCAUACAAUUUUAUCAAAUAAAAAUGAGGAUGAGGAAUUGGUUAUAAUUGCAAAAGAAAAGAUCACUGCGCUGUAUGGAGAAGAUGCCUUCAAGAAAACAUUAGAGGAGCUCAAGAAUGACGACAAAUAUGCUGAAAUUAAAACUCAAAAAAUCUCAAAACGUGAUGUCUCUGAAUUUGCAGAUGAGGUUGCACGUUUCAUACAAAACAGUGCAGUACAAACUGGCGGCUGGUUCUGGCCGCUGGUGAAGAGCGUGACCAUCAAGAUACCAGACCGUCGUGAACUCCUGGAGCACAUUGUGCUCGUUGAUAUUCCUGGGACUGGAGACUGCAACAAGACUAGAGAUGACCUGUGGAAAUCUAAACUGAGAGAGUGCUCUUCAGUGUGGAUUGUAAGUAAUAUUAAUCGAGCAAUCACUGACAGAAACCCCUUGGGGUUACUAAAGCACUGCAUUGAAGAACUGGGACCAGGAGGAGAAUGUAAAAACAUCAAAUUUAUCUGUACAAAAACUGAUGACAUAGAUCCAACUGACUUUAAAAGAGAUCCACGGGUUACAGGACUUCAAGACAAGAAACAGAUAAAAAUGUGCAUCCAUCUAAGAAACGAAUGUGCCAAGAAAAGUGUGAAAGAAAAAUUUGAAAAUUCUGAAAUCAAGAAAAGUUUCAGCACUGACAAUGAUUUUCUUCAAGUAUUUACUGUAAGUUCUAAAGCAUUCUUCGACGCCAGUUUAAAUCUGGAAUCUGCUGAAACAGAAAUCCCAAAGCUGCAGGAUGAUCUGAGGAGUCUUAACAAGAGCAUUAACAGAGAACUGGCCAGAGAUUAUGUCAACGAAGCAAAGGGAGUUUUGUCUCUGAUCCAAAGUGUCCAGCUGGAUAAAGACAAGAAAGCGGCUGAAAUGAAAGACAGCAUCAUCAAGGAACUUCGAAAUAAUCUAGAACAGGAACUGAGUAAUCUUGACAGGUAUUUUGUCUGCGUUUAUAAAGUUUUGGAUCAGCGUCUAUCACAGGGAGUGAAAGAAUCAGAGACGCUAUGUGUUGAAUCCACAAAGACAUUAAUAACACCGAUAGCCUAUAACAGCCUUGAAGCUUUGUGCAGAAAGGGUGGAUGCCACUGUCCAAAAAACAAGGAUAUAAUUCUAGACCUGAACAAAACAUUGGCCAAACCCCUGCAUCAGUUCAUUGAUGAUGAUUUCCGUCAGAUUUUUUCUGUGUCUGGAAUAACAGAGAAGUCAGUGUAUGAGCAGCUUGGUGCAUUCACUAUUAUCCAUAGUCACACGGCUUACCCCAGAUCUCCCAUAUGGCCUUACAUUCAUUACUUCAUCAAAUCGGAGGAAACCAAACUAAUCGCUGAGCUCAAAAGAGAAAUUGUUGACAAGAAGAAGGAAGUCUUCUCAUCAAUCCAAAAAACCAUUGAGAACGAAAUGUCUUUUUGCUACAAACAAGCUGCAGCUAUGAAAGGACCAGGAAGCUUGAAGAGAAUGAAAGCUCUGUUACUAAACACGGUCGACGACAUGAAAAAAGACAUGUUUGACAAAGCAAAAACGGAAAUGCUUAAAAAGUGUGAUGAAUUAAAGCUCCACAUAAAGGCUCGUCUUGACAUAGGACUAAAGAGAGCAAUGGAUCUCUCACUGUCACAAAGCAGCACAAGCAAGUCGAUGGAUGUCUCCAGAGAAAUCGAAGAGCUGGAUGGACUUCUAGAGCAACUGUCCGACUGAAGCCCAUUUCCAUCAGAUUCUAUGAUUUUACAACAAAUCAUUCGAUUCUUUCAAAUCUUUACUUUUUUUUAAUUCAAAGUUACUACUAUGCUGUUAUGUUUCUGAUUAUACGUUUGUUUGCUAAUAGAAGUGUUCAUUUGUUUGUUUGUUUUAUCAAAAUAAAAAGGCUUACCCAAAGUGUAUAUUGAUUAAUUGUUGGUUUUUAUCUUUAACUUUUAAAAAAAUAUAGCAAGAACAAUUAAUUUGAAAUUCAUUAAUUGGCAAUUCAUUAGACUGGAAAGUAAUUGCAAAAAUUCUUUUGAAAUACAUGAAAUAAGAAGAAAAUAAGAAAUACUAUUUUUUAUUAAUAAUGACAGCAAAUUAAAUGUUUAGCUUCCUUCACAUAAAGUGCAAAAAAAGAUAUAUUGUACUGUACUGUAUGAAAAAUGUGUUUUUUAUACUGUAAGUUGGGUGGGUGAAAAGAAAUAUCACCCAUCUAUGGCAUCCUCAAAUGGUUAUUGAAUAAACUUUUUUAAUCAUCA